AGUCCAUCGUGCGGCUCGUAUGAAUAAUUGUAUAGCGAGUGAAUGAAUCGAUGCGGCGAAGGCGGCGUGCGCGGUGAGGCGGCGGGCGGCGGGCGGCGGGCGGCGGCUCCGCUGCGUGGAGGGGUGCGCCGCGGCACGGCAGUCUCGUGCCGGUAGUCGGUAGUGCAACCGAGCGACUCCGGGAGCCGUCCCCACCGCGUCGUCGCUCGCUCGUAGUCGUAGUGCGUCCGCCGGCCUGAACCACGCCGCCGGCGUUCGAACCCAUGGAUACUCAAAGUCAGGAUGUGGCCCACAGCCCCACUGAGGUGGCCAACGACCCAGGGAAGAUGUUCGUCGGAGGUCUCAGCUGGCAGACUAGUCCAGAAAGCCUUCGAGACUACUUUAACAAAUUCGGAGAAAUCACAGAAGUCAUGGUUAUGAAGGAUCCUACAACGAGACGGUCGAGGGGCUUUGGGUUUAUCACAUUCGGCGAUCCCGCUAGCGUAGACAAAGUUUUAGCGCAACCAACACACGAAUUAGAUGGUAAAAAGAUUGACCCCAAAGUGGCCUUUCCUAGAAGAGCACAUCCAAAGAUGGUGACCAGGACAAAGAAAAUCUUCGUAGGAGGGCUAUCAGCACCCACAACGCUGGAAGAUGUAAAAAAUUAUUUCGAACAAUUCGGACCGAUCGAAGAUGCCAUGUUAAUGUUCGAUAAACAAACUAAUAGGCACAGAGGAUUCGGAUUCGUCACAUUUCAAAGUGAAGAUAUUGUAGAUAAAGUGUGCGAAAUACAUUUUCACGAAAUCAACAACAAAAUGGUGGAAUGCAAAAAAGCACAACCAAAAGAAGUGAUGCUUCCAGCAAAUUUGGCGAAGACGAGAGCCGCCGGUCGCGGGGCCUACGAUUUCAUGUGGUCAUUGGGUGCUCUUCCUGACGGUUUUCCCGCAGCCUACGCCGCCUACGCGGCAGGACGUAGCUAUUCGGGCUAUCCUAGCUUCGGGCUACCUUACCCCGCAGUGGACCUGACCAACGGCCAACUCACACCGAAUAACAACACACCGCUGCUCGCGCAAGCGCUUUCAGUUAUGAACAACUACCAAGCAGCCGCAGCUGGGUAUGGGCCACCAGCUUCGCCGCACACGGCUGGAGGACGGGCUGGAUUCCCUGCCGCCAGCUCGCCAGGACCUGCGCUGGACGUGUACGGCUCCGCAGCGGACAGCGUUGGCUACGUGCAGGCAGCCAGCCCUCAGCCUUCUGGAUUUCCCGCUAUCGCCGUCAGCCGUGCACCCCUUAAUUAUACCCCAGGACCAUUGAUUCCUGCGGCUUUCACCAACGGUUACCAUUGAAAGUGUUAUAGCACAAAUAUUAAACGUGGCGAGCGGCGUGGCGGCGCGUGACAAUGCAUCAAUAACAGCAAGAUGACCAUCAUCAGCAAGGCUUUACCAUCGUCUGCAAACCGCUUCCACGCACGCCGCGCCACGCGCCUUCGACGGUCGUCUACUCCGUCCGACCACCGCGCGGAGCGAUCCGUCGACCGCGGCAUCUCAAACUCACCAUACCCCUCCACUUCCCUCACUCUCCCUGCUCCCUCGACACCUUAUCUAACCCAAUCCCCCCCCCCCUUAAUCUCGACCUUGUCUAUUGUAAAUAAUAAUAAUCAACUUUUUUCGUGUGAACGAGAGAUAGUAUAUUAAACCGGUAUUUUUUCAAAUUAUUCUCGCUUCGACUGUACCGUAGAUGUGUUGUCAAUAAAUAUUAAAUAAUUAAACUACAAAAAAAAUACAUUUCGUAAUAUAUAAAAUGCAUCUAGAAGAUUCGAUUGCAGGGAUGUAUAUCUUAAAAUCUUUUAUGGUUAAUAGUUAAAUUUAUAGUUUAAGAUGUAACUUGCAUGUCUAUUUUUCCAUUCACAAUCUGUUAUGUUAUUCAUAGAGGAAUGGUUCGCGUCACGCUAAAAUCAUGUCCGACGUGAAGACUUCGUGUACUACUGUAUUUGGUAGAAAGCUUUUUAGAUGUUCUAAGUGUCAGAUUAUCGGGCCGAGGUUGUAUUCGCAAUAAGCUGAUCCCUCCUUCGUGUUCCGUGUGUAAAGAGUUGAGUUUGUCGGUAGCGGUGUAGGUUGGUAGGGGCCGGUCGGCCGCUCGACGGCUUCAGACCGGAGACAAUAACGCGGUUUGCGACCGCGCGUUUGCCGCGCGCUAUCUCGCUCGUCCACCAACACAUAUUUUAUUCUAUCUAUUUUUAAUAUUAAUGUCAAAUAUUAACAUAAUUACCAUAUUAAUACAUAUUGCGCAUAUUUUAACUAUGAAUGUAUUUAUUUUUCGCCUAAUUCGAAUUGUAUAAAAUCACCUCUAUGAACGGCUACUUCAUUUCUGUAGUAAAAAUUUCUGGAUUACUUCCCUAUAAGACUAUGUUAGUUAUGCGUAUAGAUACUUUCUAAUAAUAAUAUGUAUUAUGAUAUAAAAUUUUAUCCUAAGGAUAAUAUGAUCAUGUUUACGAUUCAUAAGGACAUUUUGAAAAGCUAAGUCAAACAUUUCAGAUAUCUCUCAUCGCAUUAAGAUAAUAAAUAAUUCGUUUCUAUCUUGUACCUUUGAAGUAGGUAUUGUAAUUAUUAUAAUAUUAUAACAAUUUUGUGCAUUACGUAAUUAAUAUUUCAUUGUUUCUACGAUUGUAUUUAUCUUAAAUAUAAGACCACUGUUAAAAUAUUUGCGGCUCCACUUUAAACGCGGAGUCACGCCGUACUUAGUCGUAUUUAAAGUUUUAAUCACAAUAUUUAUGGUAAAAAAAAAACAAUUUUCAUACCGAUAUGAAAUUAAAAUCACACGAUGCAAAUUUUCAAUAAGCCAAAGACAGGGAUAUCAGAAAUUACAAACCAUGUGCGCAAGUUGGAGGUAAUAGAGUAAAAUAUGACGUCAAUUCAUUAAUCAUAUUUGUUAGGUACUGGAAAACAGUUGACGACCACUGUCUCGUUUGCAGAAGUAAGGGGUAAGACACACAGGUGAGGUCAUGGUUCAGGUUCCACACAGACACCGCGCCGCCUGCGUAUCUAAUCCAUUACACGCACACGGUUACAAUCAUUCGUUAUAUACUAUUAUUAUUACUCAUUACCAACAUCAAUUAAACAUUUAUAUUAUAAAUCUAGGUAUUAAAAUUUAGGUAAUAAUAAUGAACAAUCUUUUAAAUGCUAUUAUUAUAUAAAUACGUUAUAAAUAUAAAUGUUUCCUGUUACGAAAAUAUUGAAAAUGAUACGAAAUAAAUCAAUAUUCUUUUUAAAGGUAAUUUAUUACUUAUGAUUAUGUAGUUAAUUGAAUAAUGGAGUGUUUAAAGGAGCGCUGAAAUUCGGUGCGCUUGCUUCGCGUAUUUUUUUUUUUUUAUUAUUUUGUUUAGUUUAGUGCCGAGAAAUCGUUCGCUGCGUAAGUCCGUGCGCUGUCCCGUGUCAGUCGCGUCGUCAAUAAACACGCGUCACGUGACAAACGACCCGCGACCGCCAUUUUGUUGUUAAACGUUAGCUAGGAAAUUGAUAAUAAAAACAAAAGGUGUGUUCCAAUGAGACGGUCAGAUAAACGAUAUCAUACCUAACAAAUUAACGUUAUUAUUUGUUUUAUAUUUACGGUGUUAUAGGUAUUUAAGACAUUUUUUCUUAGAAUAUUUAAUUAUUACGAUGAAAUGUUAUAAUUGUUAGGCCCAGCCGGCGUCGGUGCGGGGACGCGCGCGCACCGUGCCGUCGUCGGUUUUCUCAAUCACUCUUAUAUCCUCACUAUAAUUAUAUUUUCUUACCGACCUUUUUAAUGUAGGAAAGCGUACACGGCCGCUUAUCCCCGUGCGAGUACAAACACAUAAUAUAGUGAGAGACGUUUCGCUCGUUCGUGAGAAGCCAUCGGUUCGCCGCGAUUGCACCGAGACGACACAUAUGAUGAUUACUAUUGUAUAUACAUAGUUAGCCGCGUGUGUACUAAAAAGACAAUUGAAUCAAUAACCAUCGAUCGAUAUUUGACUCGUUCGAGCUACAAUCAGGACUAGCUUUAUAAAGAUAAUAGUUUCAUUGUUAUUAUUAUGGUUUGUUAAUACUGUUCGCGAGCUUAUUUUAUUAGUCCCUCUAGUGCUUUCACGCGCGGGUCAUUUAUUGUUUUGUUUUAAAUGCAAAUUUUUACUUCGCUACUAAGCUUCUAAGAAGUAUUUAUUCGUUAAAUAUUUUUUGCAAAGCAAAAUUUAUCAGUUAUAAACUAACUAUGUUGAUUAAAAUUAUAUAUAUCUAUAAAUUUUAAAUAUAUUAUAAUUAUUUAAAAAUAUAAUAAAUACAUAAUUGGUUUUAUUCGCUCGUUAUAUAUGAAGACCCGCGCGUGGGGUUAGCAUGCUGGGCUCGGUGGCAAUAAAUAUAAUGAACUCGUUGCAAGAUUUAUAUUUUUCAAUAUCUUAAAUAAUCUGUACCAGCAAAAUGUAUCUUCAGCUAUAUUUAAAUGUUUCAUAAUGUUUCUCAAACCUAAAAUUGCUCAAAGCACUAAUUGUUUCUAACGCCACCGCAGCCGUCUAGCUCUCACGUGUUAGAUUUCGCGUCAGUCGCAUUUUAGGAACGGUUUCUAUAUCAAAAUAAAGACUACGUAAUAAUAUUAAGCGAGAUCUCAAAUUUAUUUAAAUAAAAAUUCGUUAUGUGGUCCUGUUACUGCGACUUAUAUAAUAUCCAUCUAAGUGAAAAAAAAAUUGAAUAAAACUAAUUUAUGAUAUUUUAUAUAAUAACAUUAUUUUACACUAUCUAUUUUAUAUCGUUAAUGAAGAUAAUAAUUAAUUAAUUAAUUUUAAUCUAAUAAAGUGACAGACUGGUAAAGUUCGUAGAGUCGCAGAGGCGGCCUUAGAUCAGUAGCUUUGCAUACUCGGCGAUGGCCAACUUAACGUUCAAGGACCAAAAGUAUAGUUAUUCGCGUAGAACCGGACGCGCAUUGGCUCCACACGAACCGACUUCAAGCGAUCGGUUGCAUCAUGCAGCAUCAGAGCGUGUCUGUGAGAAAAGCGUUUGAGAAUUAGAGGCGGGCUGAGGCGUCGGUUGCGUCUCGUGAGUGAAAUGCAGCAGCCAUGCAGCAUCUAGGAACCGUGAGACGCAGCAACGGCCACGGCAUCUCUCCAACUCGUCCCCAGCAUCCUUUGCCCCGCCGCCGCCCGCUUGGUUUCGUUCUCGCGAUUACUUCUCGAUUACGUGCUUCGCGUGCUGACUGAUUUUCUAUAGCAAUAAAAAUCAAUUACCUAAGAUUUUACAUUAAAGUAAAUUUGGAUUUAUAUACGUUCGAAUUUGGUGUCAUGUACAUUUAAAAUAUUAGAUUGGAGAUAACGAUAGGCGAACGACCCGCGGACAUCCCGCCGCGGUUACGGCGCAUUAUUUUCGUCAUUUCUUCGUGUAUAAUAUGUUACAUGAAUCUGUAUACAAUAUGGAUAUAAAUUGUAUUGAUGAAUAAAUUAGUUUUUACGGCAUCUCUUUAUUAAAAUAAUGAUAAUAUCAAACAUUUUGUAAAAAGCGGCGAGUAUGCCCGCCGCCCCGAUUUCGUGCACCAGUGCACUUUAACUUAUUGGAAUAUUACAUUAUUAUAACGUACAUAAUACUAUGAGAUAUAUAAUCAUACAGCCUCUCGGGGCGCGCGUGUAUGGCGAUGUAUGUAUACACAUUGUGCAAUGUACAUAUACCUAUUAUAAUACAAUGAUUUAAGACAAGGUUCACAUCGUGCCGUGUGUAUGUGGUAAUAAAUAUAAUAUGGACAUUGUUCAAACAAUAA